CAGCCAUUCAACGUCGCCACGAGCGGCGGCUAGCUCUCGUCCCUCCUGUACCAAUCGUCGUCGGCGGUUGUGGUGGCAUCUCCGACGAGAUUCCCUGGUGAGGUCGUACGUGCUCCACUUCUCCCCGUCGACAGCGAAUGGAGUGCUGCAGUUUCUAAUCCUCGGCGGAUCCAUGGAGGAGGUAGACAAGUAGUAUAUAUAGUCUUCUUCUGAGUUGAUCUGAGUCCCUCCCGUCCAGAUCAAAUCUUCAAUGGUGCUGUGUCGUAGAUUCAACUCAUCCUCCCAGCCCUCACCCUCAGCGUUCCCAGCCGAGUGGUGCGCGGCCGCUGCGUCAGUGCAAUUUGUUUUCUGGACCGGCGAGAGCUCCGGCAGAUCAAACCCAUUGCGUCACACUGAAAAUUGCAAUAUACUAUUUUGCUGACAGCUUCUACAGUGAAGAUACUCCCCCUGGACUCCGGUUCAAGGAUUCUCCUAUUGGAACUCUAGCUUCUCCCCUUGCAGUUGAUGUACCAACUCAGCUCCUCCUCCUGGAGCUGAAACCCCUCUCCUCUUGAAGCUCAGGUACGCCGCUGUGUCAGCAGGAUGCCACGCAAGGUUGUCUCUGGGCCUGACUACGAUGACGAGUACGACGAUGACUAUGAUGAGUAUGAUGAGGACUACGAUGAUUACGGUGAGACCGGGCACAGUGACGACAUUCAGCACCCCGUGAAGGAGGAGAAAGAGUCAUCGAAGAAGUCCUCAAGUACGGUGCCUGUGCUUUGGAGAUGCUCCAUGUGCAUGUUCGAUAAUCAUGAAAGCAUGGUGUAUUGUGAGAUGUGUGGGGUUUUUCGAGAAUCCUUUAUGAAAUCUGCCAAGGAUGGUUCAAUAAAAGUCCAUGGGAUACCAAGUGAUUUUGGGACACCUUCGAUGCCGAAAUCUGACUGUACCAAGAUGCCAGUGAAUACUCGUACUACAGACUUUGAUGGUGACCCUGAGAUAAAGAAUGCUAGCAUAUCUCAUGAGAAAGUUGGUUCCACGCAGUACACAUCUGCUGGUAGCUCAUCAGGCGCUGGGAAAAAGGUGAAACACAUUGCACUUCCUGAAGAUGUGCCUGUCGAGAGGACAGCUCAAUUGAUUUCUGAUCAUUUUCAGCUGAAGGAGGACCAGAGUAGUAGGGCUAGCAGUUCUGCGCAGAAUGAGGAUGUGGCCCAGAAACUUUCUUCUGACAUACAGAAGCUAGGUUUAGAAAAGAAUGAAGUAGAUACUGCAAAACCUUAUUUACCUGAAGAAUAUAAGCCUGAGAAGUGGAUGUUCGCUAAUGAGGAAUCAGGAGUGCUGAGCCAACUAAACCUUGCAAUAGUAGGUCAUGUUGAUUCUGGCAAGUCAACACUCUCUGGGAGACUGCUACAUCUGUUAGGAAGGAUAUCGAAAAAAGAUAUGCACAAGAAUGAGAAGGAGGCUAAAGAAAAAGGAAAAGGAUCAUUUGCUUAUGCGUGGGCUAUGGAUGAAAGCAGUGAAGAAAGAGAAAGAGGCGUGACAAUGACUGUGGCCGUGGCUUAUUUGGAGACUAAGAAGUACCGUGUAGUUUUGCUUGACUCUCCAGGCCAUAAAGAUUUUGUACCAAAUAUGAUAUCUGGCGCAACGCAAGCUGAUGCAGCUAUUCUUGUUGUUGAUGCUUGCACUGGUUCAUUUGAAGCUGGCAUGGACGGUGAAGGAGGGAAAAGUGUUGGCCAGACAAAAGAACAUGCUCAGCUUAUUAGAAGCUUCGGCGUUGAACAGCUUAUUGUUGCGGUCAACAAGAUGGAUGCCAUCGGCUACUCGAAAGAAAGAUUUGAGUUCAUCAAGGUUCAACUUGGUAGUUUUCUGCGGUCAUGCAAUUUCAAAGAUUCAUCUGUUACCUGGAUUCCUCUUAGUGCUGUUGAAAAUCAGAAUUUGAUCAAAAUUCCUUCUGAUGUCCGUUUAACUUCCUGGUAUCAAGGAUUUUGUCUCUUGGAUGCUAUAGAUUCCUUGCAGCUUCCAUCUCGGGAUGUUUCAAAGCCCCUCAUUCUUCCUAUCUGUGAUGUUAUCAAGUCUCAGUCAACAGGGCAGUUUGCAGCCUUUGGAAAAUUAGAGACUGGAGCUAUUCGAAUUGGUUCAAAGGUUUUAAUUUCACCUUGUGGGGAAGUGGCGGCAGUGAAAUCCAUCGAGCGGGAUUCAAAUUCAUGUGACAUAGCAAGAGCUGGUGAUAAUGUAGCGGUUAGUUUACAGGGUAUCGAUGGGAGUAAGCUAAUACUAGGUGGGAUUCUUUGCAACCCUGGUUUCCCAGUGCCUGUCUCUAACUUCUUGGAGCUAAGGGUUCUAGUGUUAGACGUCACCAUUCCUAUCCUUAUUGGCUAUCAGGUCGAAUUUCACAUACAUCAUGUGAAGGAGGCUGCGAGGGUUACGAAAAUCGUGGCAUUGCUUGACAAGGCUGGCAAACCAAGCAAAACUGCACCUCGUUUUCUUAAGUCAAAGCAGAAUGCAGUUGUGCAGGUUACCUUAGACGCUCCGGUCUGUGUUCAAGAAUUCUCCAAAUGCCGAGCUCUUGGCAGGGCAUUCUUAAGGUCUUCUGGAAGCACGAUCGCUGUUGGAGUCGUAACGCGGGUACUCCGGCAAGAUCAGAACUGAAAGACCUCCGCCCAACAUCUGAAAAUUUGAACGUAUCUGCAGCCGUGCUUUGGGGCCCAUAUUGUAGCUGACUCAAAACGGUACUGUAGUAUUGUCGAUCAGAAGUUUGGCGACGGCAUUUUUCACUGUGUGGUCGUCGCCAUUUCCAUCGUGCAUUUCAGAAUUUGCGUUGAGAUAUGGCCUGUAAAAUAGUCACUUUCACGAGUUCUAACCCCCAGUUUUGUGAAUCACGGAAUUUCUUUUGCGAUCCUUCA